CAGGGUGUGCAAUAGACAUGCCUCUCUCUUAUCUGCAGGAGCUUUGAGGUUUUCACCAAGGAUUUUGUGUGGUGUCUUGCUAACUGUGGUGUCCCAAAGAACCCCACACACUCUGUGUCUCCCUUGGGAAGCAGGACUUCCACUGCGUGCCAAAGACUGCUACGUGCUCUCAUCCUGUUCCUCUGCUUUGUGAAUUGGAAAUAGGAGGAACGACUCCUUCCCUAUGCUGUACCAUCAAUACAAUAAAGCACUGACCUUGGUCCUCAGUCCUGGCACUGAGUAGUUACCCACCUGCUGUUGGAGCACGGGGUGGAACGGGCUGCAGGCGACGGAGCCUCGACUUACUUGCUGUGUGGGGAUAUCCUCCGGCUGUGAGCAGGAGCAUCUCAGGAGAGCCCGUGGCAAAGCAGCUUGCGAGGAUCUCUGUUUUUUUUGCAAAGCAGUUCUGAGGAAACAAUGGCCAACUUCUACUUAUGGGCAACUUUUGGAUUAUGUUUGCUGAAGCUUUGUCUAACAGAGACACAAUUCAAUGUAAGUUGCAGAUAUGGAGGAGUGUUUCAUGUGGAGAAAAAUGGUCGCUACAGUCUCACAAGAACUGAAGCAAUUGAGCUCUGUAGAGCUCUCAAUAGUACCUUGGCAACACUGGAACAAUUUGAAAGAGCUCAUGAACUUGGAUUUGAAACAUGCAGGUAUGGUUUUAUAGUGGGGCAUAUUGUUAUCCCACGAAUCAAUCCAUAUCAUCUUUGUGCAGCGAAUCAUACAGGCAUUUACAAACUUUCAGCAAACACAACUGGCCGGUAUGAUGCAUACUGUUACAAUGCAACAGAAUCAAGGAGCAAAGCAUGUGAGCCAGUUGAAAGAAUAGAUACUUCUUUCCUCAGCAAUCAGAGUGAAAUAGUUAUUGACAAUGAGGAUGGCUCACGUUAUAAUGCAGAUGGCACACGUCAUAGUGGAGACUCCUCAACCUCAGGUGUGGAUGAUGAAAAUUUAGGUAGUGGAUCAAUACAUGACACAACUCCAGGGGAUACCUCUAUCAGGAGAUCAAGUCCUUCAUAUUAUGGAAGUGUUACUCCUAUCUCACAUAUGCCAGACCAUUCUUCUGGAGGAGGUGAAAAAGACCUUCAUGUGAAAGAAUAUGGUUAUGAAAGUUCUCCUACAUCAACUGUUAUCUUGGCAACAGCUACUGAUUUCCCCACAGAAGAUGAUGUACAGCAUCCUGCAAGUACUAGGUCUACAUCCAAUAUAGAUAGUGAUCAGGGACCAUACACGGGAGACAGUGAACCUACUCCUUUCCCUGGAGAGUCCACAACAACAACUGUAAGAUCACAACCAAGGCCAGCCCAGGUACCAGAAUGGCUGAUCAUCGUUGCUGCUCUCCUGGCACUGGCGUUGAUCCUCGCAGUGUGCAUCGCCGUUAACAGCCGGAGGAGAUGUGGGCAGAAGAAAAAGCUAGUCAUUAAUAAUGGCAAAGGUGCCGUGGAGGACAGGAAGACAAGAGAAUUAAAUGGAGAUGCCAGCAAAUCACAAGAAAUGGUGCACUUGGUUCACAAAGAACAGUCAAAUGACCAAACAGGAGCAUGCGACGAAUUCCUCACCGUUGAUGAAACACAGAAUCAUGAAGAUGAUAUGAAGAGCGGGGUGUAGUGGUACAAAGUCACCAAAUAGAUCAGUGCUGGGGAAGUCAAAAUCACACGGACCUUGGACAGGAAUUCACAGAUGCACUGUGCUACUGAUGUCUUUUGAACACAAUUAAGCUUAAAUUUUCUUCAUUUUUAAUUAUUUUAACAUGAUGUCUGAGUUACAAAAGUGACAUUUGCUUUCUGAAAUAAGCCCCAGGUGUUGCAGUCAGUUCCCAGUUCCUACACAAAGGGCACUUACUGUGUCCUGGGCAUGUGGCAUGUCAUUGUUCCCCAGAUGCAGUGCCUUCGCUGUGCGGAGUUACAGAAGCAUCCAGUUGCUCCAUCUUACAGGCAUUUAAGGUACUAAACUUAUCAUGGUACAACAGUAAGUGAGUAACAGAUGUCAAGAUCCAAAAUAAAAAAGGCUUAAAACAGAAAUGCCUCCUAUACAAUGCCUAACCCAGCAGAAUCCACCAGCAAUGCCUUCCAGCCAGGAAGAGUGGUAGGUGCACUCAAAGUCUGCCAGUAAAAGCAAAAAGUGACAUUUUGUAAUGAUUGAUGACUUGGUCUGUAACAAGAGAAAUCCAGAAGGACAAAGUUUAUUUAUCUCUAUUUUAAAAUGUCUGUGGGCAUACAGCAAGUUUUUUUGGGAGGGGGAACAAAGGGAGGAAAGCAUGAGCUGGUACAUAAUAAACUUCUUCUUUGUUAUCUUAACAAUCUGUACAUAUAUCCUUGAGUUUCUGAGGUGUCUGUUGCUCUUUCCCCUCCCUCCUUCAUGGAUCACAGUUCAUGUAUGUUUUUUAAGGAGUCAGUUGUAAAGUUAAUAAAGCAGUAUGACCCCA